GCGCGCUCAGCUGCUCAAUCGUAGCUGUCAAGAGCAGAAGACAUAUAUGGCGUAAAAUUUGCGAAAUUCUUUCGAUGUGGAGAACCUAUUUCAUGAGUUCAUACUGCGUAUGACUUCAUAUUUCGUCAUUGGAUUUUUUGUGUAGAAAGUGAUUUGGUUGUCUUCAGAAUGAAGCCGUAUGUAGAAAACAUAGAGACAUCAUGUCCUCCAGACAGCCAUGGCGAAGGUGACGAGGAACUAUUGUGGAGUGUUUCGGUGACUAAUUUGCCAAAUGAUGUUUUUGACGACGAAAAUACGAAGGAAUUAUUUGAAAAGUUAUUUUCUCCUUAUGGAAGUGAUGAAAAAAGCUUCAUCUACUUGAGGACUUUCCACAGAGCAAGGGUUACAUUUAACAAGGAAGAGAAUGCUAAAGAAGCUAAGAAAGAUUUGCAUGGGCAGCUAUUCCUGGGUUAUGAACUUGGUGUCUUUCUUGUACAGAGACGUUCCUCUCUUAACAACAACUCUAAUCUCAAACCUCCACCUCUAACAAAGCAGUUCUUGAUAUCCCCUCCUGCUUCUCCUCCUGUUGGCUGGGAACAAACUACAGAGUCCCACCCUGUGAUCAACUAUGAUCUGCUUGCUGCAGUAGCCAGCUUGGACACCUCACAGCCUUACCAGCUACACAUCUCAGCUGAAGAUGCACCUAGCAUUGUGGUGCACCUGUGUGAUGAAGGAGGGGAAGAAGUGGAAGAUGGUGACAGUGACAGGUUUCAUCCUUUGAAAGCAUUGCCAAGGGAAGUGACACAAACAAGGAGACCAGAUAGGAAGAUGUAAAACUCUUGUAGAAUGCUAAGUACUAUUUAUAUUUAAUAUGUUCAAUUUCCUCUUUUUCUCACAGUGUGAGAAGUUGGAAUCUAACUUUGUAAAGAGCAGUGUUAUUGAAAUGGUGCUAUCAGCCAUGCUGUUUGGUUUGUCUUGAAGCAUGUAAAAUAUUAAGUUUCCUAAACAUUUCCGAGAGUUCUCCUUCAGAGGUGGUGUUUAAAUAUAUGAAUCAAAAACUGAAGUAUUAUAUAAUGUUUAGAGAGUUUCUGUCCCAUGUCCAUGUGACUUUGAUCAUGUGGACACAAGGUACAUGUGUAUGUGGGCCUUCACUGUAUUCCUGUGUAAGAAGUUCUGUGUGAAACCCUUUCUUUGCAUUCCUAAUGUAAGAUUCCUGUGAAGGGCAGUUCUGGAAACUCAUGGUUUAAUCAAUUUUGUUAACGAAAGUCAGACAUAAAACAUUGAAUUGACAGCA